UCUAAAAACGAAAACAAGAGAUAAAACCUAAAACAAACAAAACUCAAUUAUCUCUCUCACGGCGAUCUCGUCGACCUUCAUCUUCAUAAUACGUCUUUGAGCCUCCCUCUCUGCAUCUCCCUUGUUUGAAGCUCUGAUCUCUGCAGGAGAUAGCUUACUGAAUAUACAAAGUGAAGAGGCAAGUCCCCCAAAAGAAGAUCUCCUUGAUAGAGCCUUGCAGUGAAAUCAGCAUUGUCUUCAAGGUUUCCUUUAAAUGUGAUGUUUCCUCCUCCACUUAACAGUGACAAAAUGUCGAAACGUCUUCGUUCGAACGUUUCCGGUGCCCAAAAGGCUAAUGUUGGUGUCACUUUGACAAAACGGCGACGUGUACAAGCAAACGAACCUUCACUUCCAAAUUCUUUGCAAGAUGAACUUGAUGUUCCUGAUAUGCCUACCUCUAAUAGAACUACCCAAAGGGCUAUUGCUAGUACCAUUAUCCAAAGGCCUAUUGUUGGUGACUCAAUGAAUGCACACGUUCAGUGCCAAACUACUAACCAGCCAUCAAUAAAUACUACAACUGAAGGGUUGAAUGAUGCUAGGACAUCAGUCGAUAUCCAAGGAUCUACUACAGAAGGUCCAGAAAAAAAGUGCGUGGAAAGACAAGAGGUUUAAAUGCUGAUAAGGUGCAUGAGCAGCUUGGUACUAAAAUACCUGUGACUUUCAAGAAAGAAAAUGGCAGACCCACAGGUCCAUAUGCAGAAAUGUUUGCUAAUGAAAUUGGAUUCACCAUUCGGAAUCAUGCACCUCUAAAUGUGAAAAAAUGGAAGGAAGUAAAACCAGAAGAUAGAACAAGUUUGAUCAAAAGAAUAACUACUAAGUACGACAUUGACAUGUCUCUACCUUGGGUUAAGAGAUAUGUGAAUAAAUCUUUUGGAACAGUGUUUGCUAACUUCCGUUAUAAGCUGAAGAAGCAUUUUGAGCAAUUCUCAACAAAAGAGGAAGCAUUAGAAAAUAAACACAAAGAUGUUAAAACUGAAGAUGAAUGGGCUUUUCUGUGCACUUAUUUUUCUAGUGAAGAUUUUCAGAUUGUUUCAGAGAAAAAUUCUAUUAAUAGGUCACAUUUGAAAUAUCACCAUAAAGCAGGGUCGAAGUCUUUUAUGUCGCAUCAAGAACAGAUUGCUGCACAAUCAGGGGAGAUGCUAGGUGCAAUUGAACGCUUUGAAAUGGAGUACAAAAGCAUUAAAAAAGGUUGGGACUUGGGAGCGAAAGAAUUAUGGGAUCAAAUGGUUAAGAUGCGAACCGAGACAACCCUUCCUGAUGGGACUCAAACUAUGAAUGAUGAUGAAAUAUGUGCAAAGGUUCUUGGAGUAAAAUCAGGCUACAUCAAGGGUUGUGGUUUUGGCCCUAGGCCUCCACCAUCUAGCACUUCUCGAUCGUCACUAGAUGAAAUGUCUGAGAAGAAUAAAGAGUUAGAAGAUAAACUUGAAGAGACUCAAGAUACUAUAAAGGCUCAACAAGAAAAGAUUGAUGCACAAAACGUGCUGAUCCAAGAAUUGCAGGAGCAAGGCAAAAAGUUUGAGCAGUUCAUGGCAACCUUUAUGAACCAACAAGCAUCAAGUUAGUUAUGCUUAUCUAGGAUUUAGUAUCAGUUAAACAAGUUAAUUGACUUUUGGAUCAUUUUUAGUUCAAUAUUGACUUUAGACUAUUCCAAUUAGUAGUUAUGGUAGACAACAUUAUGAAUUAUUAUUUUGUUUACUGUUUAACUAGUUUUGAAUAAGAAUCCUCUUUUUAGAA